GGGGCAAGGAGUGUCCGGGCCGCUCCGCACCUGCCCUUGCUGGGCCCUGGCCGCCGGCGUGCCGCACUGCAGCCGUGUGCCCGGGGCUCCCCCUCCCGCCCGCGGAACCAACAGCUCCGCCAGCCUUCCCGGCCGGACCGCGCGGGGGCGACCGGAAGCGGCCUGCCCGGAAGACGAGCCAUGGCGGACGGCGACGGGUCGCCGCUGGACGAGACGCUGCGCCGCUGGGAACUAGAGCAGGCCCAGCUGAAGACCAGCGUGAAGGAGGAGGACACGGAGGAGUGGCAGAAAAAUGCCACGUUCGAGGGACUGGAGCGAGUGGGAGGGGUGGACCUGUCGUACGUGGAGGGAAACCAGCCUCAGGCCUGCGCUUCCCUGGUGGUGCUCAGCUACCCGGACCUCCAGGUGCUGUACGAGGACUGCCGGGUGGUAGACGUGCGUGCCCCGUACGUGCCGGGCUUCUUAGCUGUCCGCGAGGGCCCCGUCCUGGUGGAAGCCGUUCAGAGACUGCUGGAGCAGGAGCCCAGUCUCAGCCCUCAGGUGCUGCUCGUGGAUGGGAACGGCGUGCUCCAUUACAGAGGCUUUGGCGUGGCCUGUCACCUGGGCGUCCUGACAGGCCUGCCCUGCGUCGGCGUGGCCAAAAACCUGCUCCACGUGGACGGCCUGGCCAAGGAUGAGCUGCACAAGGAGCAGAUCCGAGACCUGCAGAUGGGAGGAGACACGUUCCCGCUGAUGGGCGCCUCGGGCAGGGUCCUGGGCAUGGCCCUGCGCAGCUGCGACAAGAGCACAAAGCCCAUCUACGUGUCCGUGGGCCACAGGAUGAGCCUGGAGUCGGCCGUGCGCCUCGUCCAGUCCUGCUGCAGGCACCGGAUCCCGGAGCCCAUCCGCCAGGCUGAUAUCCGCUCCAGGGAGUACCUCCGGAAGCACCCCCCUUCUCCAGCUGGCACCGCGCAUCCUGGCCCUGAGAGGAGGGACGAGGGCACCGAGCCUAAGCACUGACCUGGCCCCAGCGAGGUGCAGCAGAGCCCCUGUGUGAGCACGUGCCUUCCCCGAGCCCGAGCCCGAGCCCGAGCCCGAGCCCUCUGCUCAGGCCGGGCGCUGCCGGACAUGAGAGCCAGGGAGCUUCCAGGUGUGGGGCCACGGGCAAACCACAACCACGCCUCUCCUGCGCUGGGCCAGAGCCCUGCUCUCAGACUGUUUGCAAAGUCUGUAUGAUUUUAAAAUAAACGCAGCAAAAAAAUCA